AUAAUUAACGGUAACCUUGAGAGGGAGACCUACAUUGGACACGAGGCUCAGCACAUGAGAGGGGUCCUGGCUCUGAGGCAUCCCAUAAAGAACGGGAUCAUUCGCAACUGGGACGACAUGGAAAAGAUUUGGCAUCACACGUUCCAGCAGCUGGGUGUGGACCCGAAUGAUCACCCUGUCCUGCUUACGGAGGCGGCCAUGAACCCCCUGGGGAACCGGCAGCGCGUGGUGGAGAUCAUGUUCGAGUGCUUCAAUGUUCCCUUCACAUACGUGGCCAUGCAGGCCGUUCUGGCCCUUUACGCAGCGGGGAGAUCCACCGGUACGUAGGCCAACUCUCCAAUCUAGCUUUAUUUAUGUAGCACUUUAAAACCUCCAGACCAAAGUGCUGUACAGAGAGAUACAGAAAAUAUAAAAUCACACAACUCAGCUCACAAAACAUAAAAAUAAGUAUAAAAUCACAUAAAAGGUACAGACACAAAACCAACCAGAAUAAACGUAACAAUCAUUAAAAAAAAAAAAACGGCCAUAUAGUAAAAACAAUAGACCACU